GGCGCCAAAGCAUCGUUCUGCUCUUGCCAUGUCGUCUGAGCUUAGGUACACCGCAAACACUCAACUUGAGCACUUGCACGCUCGCUACACCGGCACAGGCCAUGCCGAUCUGACGAAAUACGAAUGGCUCACGCACCAGCACCGGGACACCCUCUCCUCCAUUGUGGGGCACCCGCCGCUUGCCUCGUACCUUGCCAUCGCUGAUGGAGAGCGGUGGACGGGUGAAGUUCGAGAUGACGAGGUGCGUUCUGGGUGCGUUGGAUAGCUGGGAAACACGUUGACCAGCUUUGUGUAGCGCAUGCUGCAGCCUUGCGGCCCGCCUCCAGCAAAGGAUGACUGAAAGCGAUGCUGCGCACUGUUCAGCGCGUGACAUGACCUUCACGCUCGAACUGCGCACGGUUGCUGAAGCUAGCGGGGACCCUGGUACAGGUGGCUAUAGUAUGUGAGAGCGACUCCGUUGACGUACAAUUCUAGUUCUGGCACAUAUCCAUUCUAGAGCACGAAGUGACGCCUCAAUGCUAUCCAACGCACU